AUGGCGAGCUUCGGUCUGGAGGGGCCCGGCUUGAAUAGCGGCCAAAGGGGCAAGAGGCAGACGGGUCCCUCGGGCUUGGGCGCGCCGGCCGCCAAGCGCGCCAGGCGCCCGGAGCGCGCGGGCGCGUUCGCCGACGGUGACGCGGCGCCCGGGGCGCCGCCGCCGCGCCCGCGGCUCGGGAAGACGAAGGUCGGCCGUCCGGCGGCCGGCGAGCGGCGCGACUUCGGCCUCAACCUGCCGGCCACCGCGUCGCGCGACGCCUACCGGAACGCCGUGGGCGCAUUCCCGGGCAUGGCGGCCCACCGGCGCCCGGCCGCGCCCCCCGUCGCCGGGGCGCCGCCGCUGCGCCGGCGCGACGGGCCGUCCGUGGGGGAUUUGCUGGAGGGACCGCGGCCGGUGGCGCCGUCGCGGCGCCGCGCGGCGCCGGCGCCGGCGCCCGCGCGGCCGCGCCGCCAGCUCCCCACCCCGGCGGCCGCGCCGGCGGCCGCGCGGCCGCGGCGACCGCGCCGCGGGCGGCCGGACGCCGGCGCGACGGCGGACCAGCCGCUGUGCAUCGAGGACUCGUCGGACGACGAGGCCGCCGGCGCGGCGCCGGCGCCGGCCACCAAGGAGCGGCCGCGGCGGACGCGCGCGACGCGCGCGGGGCCCGCGGAGACGGACCCGACGCCGGUCUUCCAGUACCCGCCCGGCGUGGCGGCCAGCGACAGCAUCGUCGUCACGCGGGGCGACCUCCGGCGGCUCGAGCCGGACGAGUUCCUCAACGACAACCUCGUCGACUUCUACCUCAAGGUCAUCGUCGCCGACGCCCGCCGCUCGCCGCUCGGCGAAGACCCGGCCUUCGGCGACGUCGCCCGCGACGUCCACGCGUUCUCGUCCACGACCGCGUCCGCAACGUCGACGGCGCCGUCGGGGCGUCUGCCCCGACGACGUGGGGGCUGUCAACGAUCUCACUCGUCGACGCCCGCGCAGGUCGCACUUCUUCACGAAGCUCCGCGAGGGCGACUCGCGCGGCAAGCUCAAGCCCGACAGCGAGAAGGCGCAGCGCGCGCACGCGCGCGUGGAGCGCUGGACGCGCGGCGUCGACGUCUUCGCGAAGAAGUUCCUCCUCGUGCCCGUCGUCGAGGACCUGCACUGGAGCUUGGCCAUCGUCUGCCACCCGGGCGAGCUCGCGAAGCGCGCCGUCGCGCGCGAGCGCCGCGAGUUGGACGUCGGCGCCACCGAGGACGAGGACGAGGACGAGGAUUGCCCGGCGCGGCCCUGCGUUAUCCAUAUGGACUCGCUGCGGAUGCACAGCGCGAAGAAGAUCGAGAAGUGGCUGCGCUGUUUCCUCGAGAUGGAGUGGCGCAAGCGGCACUCGGACGAGGAGCCGUUCACGCUCCGGGAGCGGACGGCGAGGGCGGGCGGCCCGCCGGCGGACCUGCUGCUGGCGAUGCCCAAGGUCCCGCAGCAGACGAAUUCGUGCGACUGCGGCGUCUACACGCUGCGCUACGGCCAGGAGUUCCUCGCGCGCGCCGUGUGUCGAGGCGCCCGGCUCGCCGUCGACGGGCGGGACGUCUCCCUGUGCUUCCGCGACCACGACUUCGAGGCGUGGUUCACCGGCCGCGACAUCGCGGAGAUGCGCCGGGACAUCAAGAAGCUGGCCGCGGACCUCGAGCUAGAGAAGAUCCGGGCCGCCUACCGGCGGGAGCAGGCCGAGGACGCCGCAGCACCGCCCGCCGGCGCCGCCCCACCCUAGGCGCGCCGCGCUGUUGUACCUCCAAGACGGAACGCUUUAUGUCCUAUCCAAGUCAUGGCAGAUGGAUAAGUAAAAUACACAAAAACCCCACCCCCUUUUUAUACCAACUAAUUAGUAAAGAUAUGUCA